GAUCAUACUCCGUUUGGGCUUACUGGUGCCGUAUUUUCAGAGGACAAGGACUUCCUAUAUCAUGCUCGAGACAUCUUGCGUGAUGCUGUUGGAAAUAUGUACCUUAACGAUAAGUCUACUGGUUCCGUAGUAGGACAACAACCAUUCGGAGGAGCACGAAUGUCUGGAACGAAUGAUAAAGCAGGAGGUCCUCAUUACGGCCUCAGAUGGACGUCUCCACUUACCAUCAAGGAAACCAGUGUGCCUCUCACUGAGUGGCGUUACCCAUCAAUGGACUAA